UGCCGCUCUCCUUACUCGCUCCAGAAAAAUUAUUAAUAUUUGUGUAAUAUUCAAUUAUUAGUGUCAGUGAUUUCAAAGUAAAAUUGAUUGAAAAUUAAACAUACUCUCACUUUAUAUUAAAUCAAAAAAUGCCGUGCUGGUACUUUGAACACGAAGACUUAAAAAAUACACCCUCAAUUCAAGAUGGAAUGGAUUAUGGGACUGAGUGUCAGUACAGAAAAGCAGGUGCCAGGUUAAUUAUUGAUAUUGGUUUUCAAAUGAACCUGAAUUAUAAUACAGUGGCUACUGGAGUUGUUUACUUUCAUCGGUUCUACAUGCUCCAAUCAUUUAAGCAAUUCCCAAAAUAUGUCACAGCAUGCUGUUGCUUAUAUCUAGCUGGAAAAGUAGAAGAAACUCCAAAAAGAUGUCGAGACAUUUUGGAUACUGUCAGAUCACUAUUACCUCCACAUGAAAUCAAGAUUUUUGGAAAAGAUUCCAAGCAAGAGAUAUUAACUCUCGAAAAGGUUCUACUUCAGACGAUCAAAUUCGAUCUUGAAGUUGAACAUCCCUAUAGUUAUUUGCUAGAAUAUGUUAAAUCGUUAAAAGGAGACAAACUCACACUAGAAAAGAUGGUUCAAAUGGCUUGGACUUUCAUUAAUGAUAGUUUAUGUACAACAUUGUCAUUACUUUGGGAGCAAGAGAUCAUUGCGAUAGCUGUGAUACAUCUGGCUAGUAAGUUAAAUAAAUUUGAAAUCGUCGACUGGAAAGGUAGGCAACCAGAACAGUCUAGAUGGUGGGACAUGUUUGUUGAAGAUUUAUCAUUGAAUCAGAUUGAAGAGAUUUGCCGUCAAAUUUUGGAUUCAGUAUUCAUAGAUAAAUGAAUGAUAUUACCUCAUUCAACGUUUGAUCUUCCACGACUUCAUCUUCAUCAUCUGCAUGGAGAAUAUAAUAUAUAUUAUAUUCUCCAUGA